CUCCUCUUCACCACUUUAAUACUAACCAAGACUAGCAUCUAGCUAGACCUCAAUUAUUCGGUUAGGUAAUACUAGUUCUUGUUGUUCAAUGGCUGAUUCAGGCUCAGCCUCUUCUGAGAGAAUGUGGUGCUCCAUCCCUGAAAGAAUUCAGCUGCAUGCGGCCAUGUUGGCCCUGCAGUUUGGCUAUGCUGGCUUCCAUGUGGUCUCAAGAGCUGCCCUUAACAUGGGCAUUAGCAAACUUGUUUUCCCAGUCUACCGCAACAUUAUUGCUUUUCUUCUUCUCGUUCCUUUUGCCUACUUCUUGGAAAAGAAGGAGAGACCUGCCCUUACCUUAAAACUCCUCUUAAACUUCUUUCUUCUGGCGCUUGUCGGGAUUACAGCCAACCAAGGUUUCUACUUGCUUGGCUUGGACAACACAUCCCCAACCUUUGCAUCAGCCAUUCAGAACUCAGUCCCAGCCAUUACAUUUCUCAUGGCAGCCAUACUGAGGAUAGAGCAAGUGCGGCUGAGGAGAAAGGAUGGGAUAGCAAAGGUGGCAGGAACGGUAUUCUGUGUGGCUGGGGCAACGGUGAUUACACUUUACAAGGGUCCAACAAUAUAUAGUCCAACUCCACCUCUAAACAGCAAUGAAGAAGUAGUAUUUGACUUUAGCACACUCUCGCUGGGCGAUGCAAAGGGCAAGAACUGGACCCUUGGUUGCCUCUACCUGAUAGGGCAUUGCUUGUCUUGGUCUGGUUGGCUUGUGUUGCAAGCACCUGUCCUCAAGAAGUACCCUGCUCGCCUCUCUGUCACUUCCUAUACAUGCUUCUUUGGACUCCUCCAAUUCCUUGUCAUUGCUUUGAUCGUUGAAAGAGAUUCUCAAGCUUGGAUUUUCCAAUCUGGUAGUGAAGUUUUCACUAUUUUCUAUGCGGGAGUGGUGGCAUCCGGAAUUGCCUUCGCUGUACAGAUAUGGUGCAUCGAUAGAGGUGGUCCUGUGUUCGUUGCCGUGUAUCAACCUGUUCAAACUCUUGUUGUCGCUAUUAUGGCUUCCAUUGCUUUAGGCGAAGAGUUCUACUUAGGCGGGAUCAUUGGGGCAGUGUUGAUCGUUGUGGGACUUUACCUAGUCUUGUGGGGUAAAAGUGAAGAGAAGAAGUUUGCAAAGGAACAAGUUGCAAUUACAUCCACUCCGGAGCAUAGCAACAUAAGGACCGCAAGCCAUGCCAAAACAUCACUUAAUCAACCUCUUCUCCCUUCAUCAACGGAAAAUGUGUGAUCAAGAAAACUCCAACUUCAAGCUGGUGAAGCAUUUUCUCGGAGAGAG